UGAAUUUAAGUUGUUGCAUAUCGAUUGUUGAAAACUAUUUAUAUUUUAUAAUCAACAGCUUUUCUAUUAAACAUAUAAAACUAUCUGUAAACAUUAUUAAUAUUGUGUAAUUUUUUAUUAGUGCAAAAUCUUCGGUGUUUUUGUUAUUUCCGACCGAUCAUUUGUUGCAUGCUUUCAAAAUUUAUGUAACGUAUUGGAUUUAUCCAAAAGAUUAUUUUGAUCCAUUUCAUAUAAUAUAAAUACAACUAGUGCUGAAAAUUAGUGUCAUAAUGAAAUACUAUAAGGUGCUGCUUUUAAUGUUUGGGCAUAUCGUGCACGACACAUGUUGGUCGGAAAACGUCCAAGUCACAUAUCACGGAUUCAAUAACAAAAACAACAACAUUGUAGAUCAAGCAAAAGAAGAAUCGAAAAAUGGAUAUUAUGCUCCUGAAUAUGAUCACGGGGAAUACGCUCAUCCAGCUUAUCGCUUCGAGUACGGCGUCCACGAUCCGCACACGGGUGACAUAAAGAAACAAUACGAAGAACGGGACGGCGAUACGGUGCGGGGCUACUAUAGUCUGAUGGAACCAGACGGUACAAUACGUUUGGUCGAGUACACGGCCGAUUCCAAAAACGGUUUUCAAGCAGUGGUGAAGAAAAUCGGCAGUUCGCACCAUCCAACCACCGUGACCCAUCACCUUAACAAUGGACCGGCUGAACAAGGCGGUUACGCUCCGCAGUAUCACGGUCAAAACUAUCAUCAGCCCGCUACUCACUACAAACUAUCUACUCCGCAUCAUUAUGAGACCGCUCACUACCAGACGCCUCCAAACUACAACCCUUAUGAGCAGCCAGUAACUCCUCCGGUCUAUCACCAUCAGAUACCUGUUCAACAUUCCACUUACUACCACCCUUCUUUGGGUAAUUCUGUGAAUUACGGAGAAGGUUCCAAUUUUGCAGAUUACGACGUCGGUUAUGCCAACACUCAUACUUCUCAUGCAGACUACGGCAGUGUUCCUCCACAUCAGUACGAUUCAUCCCCCUUGCGAUUCCCUGCUCAUACAGUACCGAUUCCACAGGUCUCAAACGAUCACUUCGAGUGGCCAUCCGUCGAAAAAACAGAAGAAUUCAAAUAUCCAAAUGAUUUAGGAUCAGGGAAAUCACAAAAGUUACAAACGUAUGAAAGACCGGAGUACUUACGUAAGUAUUUCGAACCAGAAUUCAAAGGUCCCGGAAAUUAUUUUGAAGAAUCAGAAUGAACAACCACCAAAAACAGUUCGUGAUACAUUUUUCAUCUACAGUUUUAACAUUACAUUGGUUUUAUCAAAUAGUUUUUGGUUCUAUAGAGUUUUAUAUUUUAACACAAUUGUCAAAAAAAUCAAUUAGUUUUUUUAAUUGAAUUUUUUGUAUUAUUUUAUCUUUUCUUAUUUUUGUUUCGUUCUUAUAUU